AGAAAGCAGGUAAAUCGAUUCCCCAAGCGCGAUUUCCGCAAAUCCUUCUUCCUCGGUUCUUCAAAUCGCGAUUUAGAAGAAAGAAAAAAUCUAGAAAUUCUCUUCAAUCUCUCAUCUCUUCCCCCAUGAAUUUUUCAAAUUCAGCACAAAAAUCGCAUAUUCUCUUCCACCAUUGAUCCUCUGCAAAUGCUUGCUUCUCUCAAUUCAUCCAUUUCUAGGGUAUUUUCAUGAGAAUUCGCUCCAGAUCGGGCUUUUUCUCGAUUCGGAUGGCGACAGCGACCGUUGCGACCGCUGCUGGCGCCGCGAUGCUUCUGUACUACGUUCUCAGCCGGAGAUUGUCGGGGAAGGACGGAGGCGACGGUGAUCGGGACGAGGAUCUGUCGAGGUUGAGCAGGGUCGGCAGGAGGAGGAUAGCGCGGAGACCGGCGCAGGCGCCCGCGACGUGGUUCGAGGUGAUAGCGACAUUGUCGGAGACGCUGAGGUUUACGUACUCGGAGACAUUGGGGAAAUGGCCGAUUGGGGAUUUGGCUUUCGGUAUUAAUUAUCACAUGCGGCGGCAGGGUAACCUACAAGUUGCAAGUGUAUAUGCUGGAAGUGGUUGUGUACAGCUUAAAGGUCCUGAAAUUAUAGCCGAGCUGAUUCAUCUCUUAAGGUUGUUGACCCUUUGCAUGCUUUUCUCAAAGAAGCCAUUUCCAGUGUUUUUGGAUUCUGCUGGCUUUUCUCAAGAAGACGUUCUCCUUCAAGAGCCCAAGGCAGGGCUUCUGAAGCCUGCCUUCACAAUAAUACAUGACAGAGGUUCAAAAUGUUUUCUUUUAUUGAUUCGUGGGACCCACAGUAUUAAGGACACACUGACAGCAGCAACUGGUGCAGUGGUUCCUUUCCAUCAUUUACUGUUACAUGAGGGUGGUGUAAGCAAUAUAAUUUUAGGGUAUGCACAUUGUGGGAUGGUGGCUGCAGCUCGUUGGAUAGCGAAACGUACUACUCCCUGCCUUCUUAAAGCAGUUGGUGAACAUCCGGACUACAAAAUCAAGAUUGUUGGACAUUCACUUGGUGGUGGUACAGCUGCACUUUUAACGUAUAUUCUUCGGGAACGAAAAGAAUUCUCUUCCAGCACUUGUGUUGCAUUUGCUCCAGCUGCCUGUAUGACAUGGGAGUUGGCAGAAUCAGGCAAACACUUCAUUACUACUGUCGUCAAUGGUUCUGAUCUGGUGCCCACAUUCUCAACGGCUUCCAUCGACGACCUUCGUUCAGAGGUGACGGCAUCAUCAUGGUUGAAUGAUCUACGGGAUCAAGUCGAGCGCACAAGGUUUCUCAAUGUUGUUUAUCGCUCUGCAUCCGCUUUAGGAUCUCGUCUGCCAUCUAUAGCCAGUGCUAGAGCAAGAGUUGCCGGUGCAGGCGCACUUCUGCGUCCCGUCUCCAGUGGUACUCAGGAUGUGAUGAAGCGGGCUCGGAAUGUGGCUCAGGCUGUUGUCAGGACGCCCUCAUCCCUCUCUUCAUGGUCUUGCAUGGGUGCACGCCGACGCACUGUGGGCACCCUACCAAACUCUAAAGAGGAGGAGAGUACAUCCGUUCAGCCUAUGCUGUCUAGUAGAGACUCUGAAUUGAUGGUCGAAAUCGUCAACGGACACCCAGAGAUGAAUGAUCUGGAUUUCGGCUGCUCUCGGGACACCAUGCAUGAUGAGGCUGAGGAGGAGCUAAUCCCAGUUGAUGGAGUCAUCGGCACAUCAACGGCUGAGGACUUUACCGAAGGUGAACUAUGGUUUGAGCUGGAGAAGGAGCUCCACAGGCAGGACACUCAAGUCCGGGAAGAAGAAGCCGCCGCUGCAAAAGAGAUCACUGAAGAGGAAAAUGUGGUCAUGGCGGAAGCUGUAGAAAACAAGAAUACCACAUCAUCAACUGCUCCUGAGACCCAGAGGUUCUAUCCACCAGGUAGAAUCAUGCACAUUGUCGCCUUACCACCAUCCGAUGCUAGCUCAGGCGAUGAUGCCCCAACCGAAGAGACAGUCAGCAUCUAUGAGACACCGCGAGACCUGUACACUAAGCUACGGCUGUCACGGACCAUGAUAAAUGAUCACUACAUGCCUAUGUAUAAGAAGAUGAUAGAACAAUUGAUCGGCGAACUCAAGAAGGACGCCGAAGUUUGUAGCAGUAUAUCGUAAAAAGGAAAAGGAAGGCAAAAAAAAAAAAAGUUGUAAUAUUUGGACGUGGUGGCCAGUGCAUGGACCAUUUGUCUGAACACUGCCCAACCUACUUGAUGAGUGGUAUGGCCUGAUGUUUGUGGAAGAGCGUCGAUGGGGUGACAACCACCUGAUUGACGGCCAAGAUUCAUACCUGUAGAUGGGCAAACCUCACAUUAUGCAUUUGAUGACAGGAGAAAAGGCUCUGAAUCUAUGGGAUACAAAAAAGAUACAACGAAUGAUAAAAAAGCAUCCUGUAUCCACUUCAUCAAUGUAAAGACAUGAAACAGUCUGCUUCUGGGUGAUGCUGGGGAAAAUCUUUUUUUUUUUUUGUUAAAUCUUGGCACAGAGGUGGGUUAGGAGUUAAUAGAUAGGUGGUGUAGAGGUUGGCUCUUAUGGCUAUCUCAUGGCCUUGUUUUAUAAACUUGGGUGGAUUGGUUUUGAAGGUGGUGAGCAGGGCGGAACGGGCUAAUGCAGACUGGGCUAAUUGUUUAAAAGCCAUUGAUGUUUGUAGUGGUGUACAUAAGCUUGGGUUGUAAUUUUAUAAAGUUGUUUUGUUUGUUCUUCUAA